AUGCUCUCCCAGGCGCAGUCCGUAGAGAUGGACAAGAAGACAGAGAAUGCAACUCAGUGUCGCCCGCCGGCAAGACCUGGUGUUUUGGAUCAGUGGAGGCGGGUGCCACGGCUGGAUAUGUCUUUGAUCCGGAAGCCAGAUGGUAGGCUUGUGUUUCGGGAGAAUUUCCUUUCGCAGGGCGACUUGUGGGUUCAGAUGUUCAGAAAGCGGCCUCAGUGUCUGCAAGGUUCCCGUUGGUGGCAUGUUUCUGAAACAAUCCGAGCACAAGCUGCAGCGUCAAGAGUCUGGCUGGAUGUGGCGAAUGUCGAGGUGGGCUUCGACGAAGCAGAGAUGAACAUGAAACGGGAAGCCUUGUGCCAUUUGGCUCGCACUUUCGGUGCCAUGUGUUGGGGUCGACAGCGUGACGAGUGCCCCUACCAGAACCCUCCAGAGGAGCUCUUCAGGUCUCCGUCCGAAAGCCAGCUUUGGAAAGGUUACCUGCAUCUUCGAAAGUUCGCCGCCGUCAUUGUCAAAAACAAGGACAGGGUCAAUCUGGAGAAGAUGCAUUGGGCUCUCCGUGAUGCACUUCUGCUUAAAACCUUUCUGGCUGAGGCUCCUCUGAACAAGGUUCGCAAAUUUGAAGGCUUCUGGUUCAUUUUGGUGCUGUGGCACGCCUGCCACAUCUGGGGCUUGAGUUCGUCAGCGUCCUGUGAGGGUGUGGGAUCCACUGCUCGAUGGCUCGAAAAACGAAAGCAUGGAGGCAGAGCAUGGAGCACUGGACACCUGGUGAGGGCAACCAUGCUGAGGUACCAAGGCGUUUCCGGCUCCUUAGCUGACAUGGGCUUCGCCUUCAGUGUCUUCAACCUCCACCGUGAGCUGCGACCCAAAACAUCUUCUUUCUUCCUCUCCAAGAGAGCGACGAAGCGACGAGAGGCGUGGAUGUCCGUGUUUGCAGUGUUUUGUGACGUCUACACUGAGCCUUGA